CGUCGAUGUAUAUGUCUAUGGGGGAACUGGUCUGGCAAUUACAGCCGGCCAAUCAGUAUCCUUAUUUACCAUAGUCCCGCCCUCUGACUGACUGACACCAGAGGAGGAAGUGAAGUUGAUUGCAGUUUGAUUCUCCGUCCUCCACUAGACGCUGUCAAGUGGGAUACGUUUAUUAGGACCUUUUUUAAAACUGUGUUUACACUAAAGAGGAACACGGUUUGGGCUUCAAGUAAAGCUGAUGAGGGUGAAGUUCUUGUGGAUUAAAGUUUGAAACAGGGAAGACUCAGAGUUAUGGACUGACUCGAUUUCUCAGAUUGCUGAAAGUGAAAGCAAAUCUGGUCAAACAGCCUUGAGAAAGGACAGUGUACGGUAAAGACAAAAUGGCUUCUAAACUUGAAGAGGAUCUCUGCUGUCCUGUGUGCUGUGACUUCUUCAAGGAUCCUGUGUUUUUGACCUGUGCUCACAGUGUGUGUAAAGCCUGUCUGCAGCAGUUCUGGGACAGCAAAGGAUCCAGAGAAUGUCCCUACUGCAGGAGAAAGUGCUCAAAGGAAUUAUACCCUACUAACAUGGCGUUAAGGAACCUGUGUGAGACCUUCUUACAGGAGAAAAGUCAGAGAGCUUCAGCAGGGUCUGAGGUGCUCUGCAGUCUGCACAGUGAGAAACUCAAGCUCUUCUGUCUGGAGGAUAAUCAGCCUGUGUGUUUGGUGUGUCAGACCUCAAAGAAACAUAAAAAUCACAGCUUCAGUCCCAUAGAUGAAGCAGCACUGGACUGUAAGGAGGAGCUCAAGGUCAAACUGCAGCCCUUACAGGAGAAACUGAAGACCUUUGAGGAGGCUAAACUCAUCUGUGAUAAAACAGCAGCUCAUAUUAAGACUCAGGCCCAACACACAGAGAAGCAGAUCAAGGAAGAGUUUGAGGAGCUUUACCAGUUUCUACGAGAUGAAGAGGCGACCAGGAUAGCUGCACUGAGGGAGGAAGAGGAGCAGAAGAGUCAGAUGAUGAAGGAGAAGAUUGAGAAGAUGAGCAGAGAGAUCUCAUCUCUUUCAGACACAAUCAGAGCCAUAGAAGAGAAGAUGGGAGCUGAUGACAUCACAUUCCUGCAGGUGAGAACAAUCCCCUGUCUGUAUAAUGACUCUUACUUUGGGUUCUAUAUUGAGGUUAUAUUGAGAAUGCAGAGACACUCUGACAUCAGGUGCAGGGUGAUGGGCAGGGAGAGGGUUUCAGGAGCUCUGAUCAAUGUGGCAAAACACCUGGGCAACCUGAAGUUCAGAGUCUGGGAGAAGAUGCAGGAGAUUGUUCAAUACACUCCUGUGACUCUGGAUCCCAACACUGCACACCCACGUCUCAUCCUGUCUGAGGAUCUGACCAGUGUGAGUUUCAGUAGAGAGAGUCAGCAGCUUCCUGAUAACCCAGAGAGAUUUGAUGAGGGUUUCUGUGUCCUGGGCUCUGAGGGCUUUAACUCAGGGACUCACUGCUGGGAUGUGGAGGUUGGGGAUGGUGAUGUCUGGGACCUGGGAGUGAAGACAGAGUCUGAUCAGAGGAAGGGAGUGGGUGCCCUCAGUGGAGUCUGGCGUGUGAUUCAAAUUAGUGGUGCAUAUAAAGCACACUCUCCAUCCCAGCCCUCCUACACUCCCCUCACAGUGGAGCAGAAACCCCAGAGGAUCAGAGUGCAGCUGGACUGGGACAGAGGAAAGCUGUCUUUCAUUGACCCUGAUAAUAACACACAUGUACACACUUUCACACACACUUUCACCGAGAGAGUCUUUCCAUUCUAUGUGACAAUUGGCAGUGUCCCUCUUAGGAUUUUACCAGUAAAAUCUUGCAUAACGCUGAAGCAUCACAAGAAACAGGAACUCCAGAAGAUCAGAAUGGAUUGGACCUGUGCUGCGUAUGCCACCAACAUCACUGCCAAGGGUAGCCCACAGGUGGACUCCAGACGGCCGCAGAAACAGAGGCAGGCCCAAGGAGACUUGGAGGAGGACAGUGGAGACAGAAAUGAAGAAGCAGGGAUGGGCCUGGGUUACCUGGAGAGAUGUGCUGCAGACAGACCACGCUGGUGGGCUCAGUGCACACUGCAGGAUCCAGAGAGGAUUUCAGGAGCUCUGAUCAAUGUGGCAAAACACCUGGGCAACCUGAAGUUCAGAGUCUGGGAGAAGAUGCAGGAGAUUGUUCAAUACACUCCUGUGACUCUGGAUCCCAACACUGCAGAUCCACGUCUCAUCCUGUCUGAGGAUCUGACCAGUGUGAGAUGUGGUGAUGAGAGGCAGCAGCUUCCUGAUAACCCAGAGAGAUUUGAUGAGUGUAUUAGUGUCCUGGGCUCUGAGGGCUUUAACUCAGGGACUCACUGCUGGGAUGUGGAGGUUGGGGACAGUGAUGUCUGGGACCUGGGAGUGGUGACAGAGUCUAGUCAGAGGAAGGGGAGUUCCUGCAUUGGAGACUGCGGUGUGUUUCAUGAAAAUGGUGUAUAUGAAGCACACUCUCCCUCCGAGGCAGACACUCUCCUCACAGUGAAGCAGAAACCCCAGAGGAUCAGAGUGCAGCUGGACUGGGACAGAGGAGAGCUGUCAUUCUCUGACCCUGAUAAUAACACAAACCUGCACACUCUCACACACACUUUCACAGAGAGAGUCUUUCCAUACUUUUGGGCUGUCUCAGGCGUCCCUCUUAGGAUUUUACCAGUAAAAUCUUGCAUCACGCUGAAGCAUCACAGUUAGAGCUCAUACAGCCUCUGUCUUACCAUGGAUGAUAAGAAUGCAAACCCCUGAUAGUAACACACAUCUAUAACAUCUCUUAGUCAUAGCUUAUUACCUGUCUUCAACACGACAGGAAGCAAGCACACUAACAAUGCAGGCUCAUUUCUGUUCUCUCACCAAUCAAUUUCAAUUAAUUUGUUUAGAUGUUCAUUAUUUCUUACUUUGAUUUUCAAAAGAGUUUUGUCAGAAGCAAAA